GUUGCGCGUCCUUCCUCUCCGCCGCUCCCCUAAACCCCAUUUUUAGGGUUUGUCGCCGCCCUCCGCCCAGCUCCCCCCUCUUCUACCACCUCCUCGAAGCAUCCAAACCCCUAGCCGUUUUAAGCCAAUCUCCUCCCAUCGAGAGAGAGGCAUCUUGCGGCGCAUCGGCACAUUCGUUGAGUCGCAGACAUGUCUUCGUUUUGGGGCGCGGAGGUGAAGCCCGAGAAGCCCUACACGCACGCCCACAGCCCGCGCCGCGGCCGCCUGCGCCUCACCCAGGCGACUCUGGGGGCCGAGGUUGGCAAGGUGGAGAAGGGGAAGACGGACUUGGUGCAGCUGCAGUGCACUGUUAAGAACAAGGAGCCUGUGUAUCUCUGCGCCCUGAUACCGGGGCAGUCGGUGACUUGCCACUUGGACCUUGAGUUCGAGGAGAAGUUCGUGACGUUCUCGGUGCUUGGGUCAAGGAGCGUCCACUUGGCUGGCUACUAUGUUGGUGAUGUGUACGAGGACAUCGGUGAUAGUGAUACUGGUAGUGAGUCACUUCAAGGCUCCGAUGAUGAUUUCAUGGCAUCUGAUGACGAUGAUGUGGUCAUUCCAGUAUCCCAUGGCCAGAUGAACACAGACAGCGAAGAUGAUUCAGACUAUGACGAGGACUAUGAUUCAGAGGAUGAUGAGGAUUUGAUCUACAACCAGGGUAGAGGCAAGAGUUCAGUUGUCAUUGAGGAGAUUCAAGAGGAUGAGAAGCCUGUUGAUGAUAAUUCUCGACUUCAGCUUGCUGUUAGGACCCCACCUGCUGAAUCCGUGGAAAGUGAAGAUGAAGACGGCUUUCCUGUUUCUGAAUCAAAGAAGAGUUCUAAAGGUAGUUCCAAGAAGGCUAAGAAUCUAAAUAAUGGGACUAGUACUGAAGACAGGAAAAGGAAAAGUGAUGCUAUUAAUGAUCCUCACAAGUCGUCAGGGGAGGUUAAUGCUGAAAAUGAUGUGGUUUCAAAGAAAAAGAAAAAGGACAAGGACAAAAGGAAUGCUGUGAACAGUGAGAAGGUAAACGAUGAAGAGAAGGAGGUGAAGCUAGCUUCCUCAGCUGACACUGUUGCAGCCAAACAGAAGAAAAAGAAAAGCAAGAAGCAAAGUACUUCUGAAGGUGACACUGAUAAGCAAGCUGAUAAAAAAACCAUAACAGACAAUGAUGAGGAGCCUAGCAAACAGGGGGCCAAGAAAAAGAAGAACAAGAAGAAAACAAAGGAGAACAAUGGAAGUGAGAACCAGGCAGCGACUGAUGUUAUGAAUUCAGCUAGCAAGGAGCAGACAUCACCCAAAGCACGGACUUAUGGCAAUGGUUUGAUUGUUCAGACGGUGGCGUUGGGCAAACCAGAUGGUAAAAAAGCUACCCCUGGGAAAAAGGUUUUUGUCACGUACACUGGCAAGUUGAAGAAUGGCAAGAUUUUUGACUCUAAUGUUGGUCGGAAGCCUUUUGCGUUUAGGCUGGGUAUUGGACAGGUUAUUAAAGGCUGGGACAUUGGUGUCAACGGUAUGCGCAUUGGGGACAAAAGAAAGCUUACCAUUCCACCAUCUAUGGGCUAUGGAAACCAGAAGGCCGGGGAGAUACCGCCGAACUCAACUCUUCUGUUUGAUGUGGAGCUAAUGAACGUACAUUGAAGAGGUGACCGGGGUUACCAAAAGGGACGAGGACAAACUGAGACGGUUGUGCAAGUUCAAGAAACACCAUUUUCCUCCGUCAUCGCCAUAGCUUCAGUCAACAACAUCCUACAGUCGUCUUCAUGUACCUUGUUUUUCCAUCAGCUCUACAUGUCAACUAAGCCAUCUGGGCUUUUUGUGGGGGCGUAACAUUGGCCUGGGCUGCAACUGAACUUGUCACUCUGAUGAUUUUGUGGCCCGUUUUGACAUUCUGGAAAGACUUGUUAUGAAGGAAUGGAGGUCACAGUUUUGAACUA